AUGUCGUUGACUGUUGAGGUCAGCCUUAUCAGUGGGAAAACAGUCUCCUUGGAAUCACAUCUCACUGAGUCUGUAGAAUCCCUGCAGCUGCGCGCGCGGAGGGCUUUGGGAGUUGGCAAAGGCCGAAUGCUGACCUCCACCGGAGGCAUUCUGCACGAAAAAGCCUCGGUCAAGGAAGCUAGGCUACGUAACAGGGAAGCGCUGGCUUUGCACGUAGGAAGUGUUCAGAUAUGUUCUGGUGAAAAGGCUUUCGCUGCAAUUCUGGGUGACGGAUCCAUCGUGACCUGGGGUUCUGUUGUGUCUGGUGGCAAAAGCAGUCCGGUGCACGAUCAGCUGAAGAAUGUGCAGCAGAUUCAGUCCAACGGUGAUGCCUUUGCCGCAAUCCUGCACGAUGGAUCUGUCGUAACCUGGGGAGGAGCAUGGGCCGGCGGUGACAGCAGUGCGGUGCAAGGUCAGCUAAAGAAAGUCCUGCGGAUGCAGGCAACUCACCAAGCAUUCGCUGCAAUACUGCUCGAUGGAUCUGUCGUGAGCUGGGGAUGUUUUUGGGUCGGUGGGGACAGCAGCCAGGUUCGGGAUCAGCUGAAAGAUGUACAGCAUGUCCACGCAACUCUCCAGGCUUUUGCCGCAAUCUUGGGAGAUGGAUCCGUCGUGAGCUGGGGUCAUGCUGGGUCUGGUGGUGACAGCAGUGCUGUGCAAGAGCAGCUGAGGAAUGUGCAGCAGAUUUCCGCAACUGGCCAUGCAUUUGCUGCGAUCUUGGCCGACAGAUCCGUUGUGACUUGGGGCGCUGCCAACUGUGGCGGGAACAGCAGCGCAGUGCAACAUCGCUUGAAGAAAGUGCAACAGAUUCGAGCAAAUCGCCACGCAUUUGCCGCAAUCCUGGAUGAUGGAUCCGUCGUGACCUGGGGCAAUGCUGCCUGUGGUGGUGACAGUAGUGAAGUGCAGGAUCAGCUGAAGACUGUGCAGCAGAUUCAAAGCACUGCCCCGUCACAGGAACCUGGACAAGCAUUUUGCCAGGCAUUUGCCGCAAUCCGGCACGAUGGAUCCGUGGUAACCUGGGGAAGUGCUUGGUGUGGUGGCGACAGCAGCGCCGUCCAAAGUCAGCUGGUGAAUGUGCAGCAGAUUCAAGCAACAGGGGGGGCAUUUGCUGCCGUUUUGGGUGAUGGCUCUGUCGUUUCCUGGGGCGCUGCAGACCUUGGUGGGGACAGCAGUGCGGUGCAAGAUCGGUUGCAGAAUGUGCAAGAAGUUCAAGCGACUUACCAGGCCUUUGCCGCAAUCUUGGGCGAUGGAUCCGUCGUGGCCUGGGGCCGUGCGGGCCUUGGUGGAGACAGCAGCGCAGUGCAAGAUCAGCUGAAGAAUGUGCGGCACAUCCAAGCAAAUCGUCAAGCCUUUGCUGCGAUCCUGGACGACGGGUCCGUCGUGACCUGGGGUCUUGCUUCGUUUGGUGGUGACAGCACUGCGGUACAAGAUCAGCUCAAUAAUUCGUGGUAG